CGACAACCCCAGGAGCCGGUGACGACUCCUGCUCACUCAUGAUCAGUGUCCGCAAUGUCAUCAAAGGCGCAUGCCUCCAACUUUGAUGCCAAAUCUCCAAGGAAACGCAUCGUUUUCUUCCACCCCGACCUUGGUAUUGGCGGUGCUGAGAGGUUGAUUAUUGAUGCCGCAGUCGGCCUCCAAGACCUGGGCCACAAGGUGACCAUUUUCACCUCGCAUUGCGAUCCUACCCAUUGUUUCGACGAGGCUCGAGAUGGCACCCUAGACGUUAGAGUUCGUGGCAACACACUCUUCCCCCCCACCAUCCUCAAUCGCUUUCACAUUCUCCUUGCCAUUCUUCGUCAACUUCAUCUUGUUUUCUCCAUUGCCAUCUUUGGAAACGAGCUUCAGGCGCUGAAGCCAGAUGUAUUCUUGGUUGAUCAGCUCUCAGCCUGCGUCCCUCUACUGAGGUGGCUGUUUCCUCGACGCCAACGAACCCUCUUCUAUUGCCACUUUCCUGAUCAGCUGCUCGCCGAUCGGCGCUCUUCGGGCCUGGUUGGUCUCAUCAAAAAAUCAUACAGACUGCCAUUUGAUGUCUUUGAAGGUUGGAGCAUGAGUGCCAGUGACAAGUUGGUGGUCAACUCAAAUUUCACAAAGGCCAUUGCUUCAGAACUUUGGCCGUCAAUGGAGUCCGCCUUUGAUGUUGUCUAUCCAGGUGUCAACCUUGAGAACAGCCCAUCCACUGAAAAGGAGGUCCUCUGGAAUAACAAGUUCAAGAUCUUGCUCAGCAUCAAUAGGUUCGAACGCAAAAAGGACGUUGGUUUGGCCGUCCGAGCUUACGGUGCUCUGGCCCCCGACAAGCGUAAGGGCACACGACUGGUAAUCUGUGGUGGUUAUGAUCAAAGAGUGACGGAGAAUGUCCAAUAUCACAAGGAGCUGGUUGAUCUCGCCGAGCGCCAUGGUCUGAUAAGCGCCACGGCAAAGACCGUCCCUACCGCACUGGCCAUUCCAAAUGAGGUCCAAGUCCUUUUCCUGCUUUCCGUGCCAGGGCCUUUCAAGCAAGUUCUUCUGCAAAACGCUCGUCUUCUCCUCUAUACGCCCCAGAACGAGCACUUUGGCAUUGUCCCAGUCGAGGCAAUGCAACAGGGUGUUGCAGUCCUUGCUUCAAAUACAGGCGGUCCACUAGAGACCAUUGUUGAAGGGGAGACCGGGUGGCUGCGAGACGUUUCUAAGGUGGAUCAAUGGACUGCCGUCAUAGAACGAGUUUUACAUGAAUUGAGCCCUCAAACAUUGCAGGAGAUGGCUAGCAAUGGAAGAUUGAGAGCCUCGGACCAAUUUUCCAACAAAAUCAUGGCUAUCAACUUUGAUCGGGCCAUUGAAAAGAUGACCGCCGAUAAGCGCAGUACAUUUGUGGAAAGCAAUGACAUCUUUGUUGGAGUCGGUCUGGUCUUGAUGUUUGUUGCUGCAUUGGUGGGUCUUGUGAUCAAGUCAAGAAAGGGUAAAAGCGACACUAGAUUAACUGAAUUCGCCCGGGCUCGGCGAAUGCAUCCAGACGCCGAUGUAAACGUCAAAGUAAUUAUCUAGAGUUUCGUCG